AAGGGAGAGUGAUGUCCUUCUUUCCCCUUACUCACCCUGGGAUUGUGACUAGCUCCUGCCUUGUUUUGUGAAGUCAGUGGUUGAUCACUGCUUGUCAUCAGGGGUGGAGUUGUGAGACCACCUGCUUUCCCACAGCCCCUCACAGUACUGCCCCCACCCCCAGCCCCAAAGGCCAAUGAAUCCACGUCUCGCAAGCUCCCUGUGAUGCCAUUGCAUUCGCCCCAGUGAGAGCGCCUUCACCCACUCCCCUGGGUCCUAGUGCCCACCUGCAGCAUGGUGACCAGCCUGUAGCCUUCCCCAUCAAGAUCAACCAAUAACAGUUCAGCCUGCCAUGCCAGUCCGCGCUGCCCCACCCCUCCCCGCUUUGCUGUCAUCCCCUGCUCUGAAGAGUUGGAGGGAGAAGCCUGCAUCGUAGCAGCCUGUGCGAGUGAAAGAGUUGCCAGUGACUACGGGUUUGAGGUCCAGGCUGGGCCAGAGGGGCUGAGUGGCCUUGCCCCUGUCGUCUGGUUCGGUGGCUGCACGAGAGGAAUCCUGGAUCACCGUCAGAAGGGAACAGUGAGCAAUGGCUCAGGAGACUAACCAGACGCAAGUGCCUAUGUUAUGUCCGACAGGCUGUGGUUUCUACGGAAACCCCCGCACAAAUGGAAUGUGCUCCGUCUGCUACAAGGAAUUUCUACAGAAACAGAACAACAGUGAGAGAAUCAGUCCAUCGGGCACAGCCAGUAACCCAUCGUCAGAUCCUGCGCUGGUGCAGAGCACCGAAUCCUCCCAGCAGGGCUCCACGUCUACGGUGGUGUCUUCCACGGCCCCAGCCAUGGCAGCUGCCUCGGACAGCACCAGCCCAACAGUGCCGAUGGACACUUCGGAAGCAAAAGAGACGACAAUGGAACAGAAGUUGGAAGCGUCGUCGUUGGCAGCGGACGAUCCGCAUGGAUCCCAGGAAGAUCCAGAAAAGUCACCAGAGAAGAACAAGAAACGGAAUCGUUGCUUCCUUUGCAAGAAGAAAGUGGGAUUGACGGGCUUCGAGUGCCGGUGCGGAAACCUGUACUGCUCGGUGCACAGAUAUUCCGACAUGCAUGACUGUCACUUCGACUACAAAGCGGAUGCAGCCGAGAAGAUCCGGAAGGAAAAUCCCAUGGUGGUCGGGGAGAAGUUGCAAAAAAUUUAACGAGGCCUCGGAAUAAAUCCUGAGUCUGCAUGUCUGACCGAACCGUUGAUGCUUCCUGGUCUUUCCUUUUCGUUUGAUUCAGAGUUUUCUUUUCCCCGUAGCUUAACGGACAGAAUCUUUCUAUUCCUCAGGGGUGGGAGCGUUGGGAGGGGCGCGAACCCAACUUCCUGUGCAUUCAGUCAGGACGGGUUGGAAUCAGAGUUGCUUUUGCAUUAGUGGAAGGGGCCAGGACUGUUCUGUCCCCUUCCCACGUGGGGGUGGGAUCGGGGUGUGGGGUAGUGGAGAGGUCUCUGUGUCCCUCUCCCCUCUAGUUGAUCACUCCCCUCGUCCGUCUCUCUCUCUCUCUCCUCUCUUAAAUCCUCUCCCCCCUCUCCCCCUCUCUGCCUUCCCCCCUCUAUACCCCACAUCCAAUAUACCCCUCCCUUCUACCAGUGGAUUUGGCCAGUUGGGCAGCUCUCUGACUGCCAGCACAUGUUCAAUCCCAACAGACCCUGGCCUCCAUCCUGGUCAAGAAGGGAGGGAGAGGGGUGACACAAAAUCCCAAGAGAUGGAACUUGACCUCCCCCCCCCCCACUUUGACCCAGCCCAGAAUUGUAGUCACCCAGAAUAGUUUUUUUAAAGAAAUAUAUAUAUAUCUAUAUAUAACCGAAUCACACAUCUCGUGUUUUGUUUGAACCGUGCUACUGCUGGGGUCGGGCAUCACUUCGUUGCUCCUUCACUGAAAGACUUUGGCACAGCAAUAUUCAAAGAAAAUAAAGCUG